ACACACACACAUGCUUUCUUUCUCUCCCUGGCAUAUGGAACCACCCCCACCACACACACAUGCGCACACACACACACACACACACUUUUUAUCUGACUCACUCAUCCAGAGUUUAAAGACUGCAAAAUUAUUACAGCAACACUGGCACACAGUGUGUCUGCACAUUAGCUGUCUUAAGCUAAUGGUUGCGAAACCAUCGCCGCUUGUGAGCAAAAAAUGAAUUUGCCCCUUUGAACAAAAGUGGAGAGAAUGGGGGAAGAAUGUGACCACUUCCGUGAUGUUUGUUGAGUCAGCUGUUUUUCUUCUUGUACACAGUUCUUCCAAAGUGUUCACAGGAGGAACACAGAAAUUCUCUGUUUUGAGUGGUGAAGAGUUGCAGAUUCAUACGCGCUUUUGUGUUCCGGGCAAAUGUGCUCACGCCUUGGGCCUGUAGAGAUUGCUGGGGGACAGACCUCCAAUCCCGGGUUGGUGGGGAAACUCUCCAGGGAAAUUUCUCCAGGAACUACAGUGCGACACCAGCCGCGGCAGGGAGAAGCAGAGCUGGACUGACUGGUUCCAGGGAGCGCGGUUCUCGCUGCAUGGCUACAGGUCACCGGAGGAAACAGGUUCGCUGGAAUACCUUUCAAAAUGGAGGCACAGAAGACAGAAGCGAGGGAAUGCGUGCGAAGUGGCAGGACAGCCUGCGUGCCGCAUUUCACCAACUCCCCAACCAUGAUCGUGAUGGUCGGCUUGCCCGCCCGGGGGAAAACCUACAUCUCUAAGAAGCUCACUCGCUAUCUCAACUGGAUCGGUGUGGUCACCAAAGUGUUCAACGUCGGGCAGUACCGCAGAAAGGCAGUUCCCACCUACGAGAGCUUUGAGUUUUUCCGGCCAGACAACGAGGAGGCCAUGAAGAUUCGCAAAGCCUGCGCCCUUGCUGCCUUGAGAGACAUACCUGUUUUCUUCAGUCAGGAGAAAGGACAAGUGGCAGUGUUUGAUGCCACCAACACCACACGUGAGCGCAGGGAGAUGAUCCAUCAGUUUGCCUUGGAGCACAGCUACAAGAUCUUCUUUGUGGAGUCCUUAUGUGAUGAUCCAGAUAUCAUUGCAGAAAACAUCAAGGAAGUGAAGCUCAGCUGCCCAGAUUACAAGGGCCGUGACAUGAAAGAAACAGUGGAGGACUUCCAGAAGAGGAUCGAUUGCUACAAACGUGCCUAUGUGUCCCUGGAUGAGGAUUUUGACAGGAACUUGUCCUUCAUAAAGAUCUUUAACGUGGGCCGGCGAUACCUGGUGAACAGGGUCCUAGACCACAUCCAAAGCCGCAUCGUCUACUACCUCAUGAACAUCCACGUCACGCCACGCUCCAUUUACCUGUGUCGCCAUGGAGAGAGUGAGCUCAACCUGCAGGGCCGAAUCGGAGGAGACUCUGACCUUUCACCGCGGGGUAGGAAGUUUGCCAGUGCACUAAGAGACUUCAUCCAGAGCCAGGCCAUUCAGGAUCUGAAAAUCUGGACCAGCCACCUGAAGCGCACCAUCCAGACCGCUCAGCCUGUGGGUGUACCCUACGAGCCCUGGAAGGCUCUCAAUGAGAUUGAUGCAGGAGUGUGUGAGGAAAUGAUGUAUGAGGAGAUACAGGAGAACUACCCAGAGGAAUUUGCCCUGCGAGACCAGGACAAAUACCGCUACCGCUACCCCAAAGGAGAGUCUUAUGAGGACCUGGUGCAGCGGUUGGAGCCAGUCAUCAUGGAGCUGGAGCGCCAGGAGAACGUGCUAGUGGUCUGUCACCAGGCCGUCAUGCGCUGCCUGCUGGCCUACUUCCUGGAUAAGAACGCAGGUAGGGAACCUUCAGCAGGGGGCCUGCUUUGCUUUAGCGCAUAUAAUCACUGGCUCAUUCACACAUGCACUGCAGGGAAAACAUCAUGGGCUCCCACCUGCUCCUAUUGAGGCCAUAUAUGCCUUCAGGCCACAGUCACACAAUCAGAAUCUGAGAGAGAUUAUGAAGUGUGAACAGUGUGUCUCAGGUGUAGUGUGAGAGCAGUGUAUCACAGGUGUAAAGUGUGUGCAGUGUGUCUCAGGUAUAAAAUGUGUGCAGUGUGUCUAAGGUGUAAAGCGUGUGCAGUGU